GUGUUUAUUAUUGUCAGCAUGCCCAUCAGCUGAUCGCACUUAAAGUAUUUCACCGAAUUCAGUUUGUACGUAUCGUUGCAAGUUUUUUUUAAAGAACCUUAUGUUUUUGCCAAUUAUAAUGAAUAAUGGCGUGACAUUUUAGUUAUUAUCUAACGAAAUUUUGCAAGUGAAGACAGGAUGGAAUAUGACGAGGAGACGAGACCACUUUUGGUUAACGAUGAAGAAAUAUCAGAAGACAGAUUAGAGCAGGACUCUUAUCUCAAUAAAGUUAAAAAUGGAAAGUUAUACAUGGCCACAUUUGCUGCAGUUCUGGGACCCCUGAGUUUCGGGUUCGUGUUAGGCUACAGUUCUCCCGCCAUCCCAGAACUCACCAGGAUCCAGGACCCCAAACUACAGCUCAGCACAGACGAGGCGUCAUGGUUCGGGUCUGUGGUGACGAUUGGUGCUGCACUCGGGGGUCUGCUGGGAGGAUGGAUUGUGGGAAAGAUUGGACGUAAACUGAGCCUUAUGUUCUGUGCAAUACCCUUUAUCUUUGGUUUUACUUCCAUCAUCGCUGCUCAGAAUCACUGGAUGUUAUACGUGGGCAGAGUUCUCACUGGUCUGGCCAGUGGAGUCACUUCCCUUGUUGUACCUCUUUACAUCUCUGAAAUGGCCCAUGAGCGUGUUCGGGGCACUAUCGGGUCCUGUGUACAGCUGAUGGUUGUGACGGGCAUUAUGGGAGCCUAUAUCACAGGUUUGUUCCUGGACUGGCGGUGGUUAGCAGUGGUGUCCUCCAUCCCUCCCACCCUGAUGCUGGUGUUUAUGUGCUUUAUGCCUGAGACCCCACGGUUCCUGUUGUCCCAGGGGAAGAGGAGAGAGGCAGUGGAGGCACUGCGCUUCCUCAGGGGUCCCGAUGCCCCAACAGAAUGGGAGUGUGCCAGAAUAGAAGAAGCAUGCAAAAAUGAGGAGCAAAGCCUCAGUCUGUCUGAUCUGAAGGACCCUGGUGUUUAUAAGCCUUUAGGGGUGGGCAUAAUGAUGAUGGUCUUCCAGCAGUUCACCGGCAUUAACGCCAUCAUGUUUUAUGCCGAGACCAUCUUUGAGCAAGCUCAUUUCAAAAGCAGCGAUGUUGCCACGGUGAUUGUAGCCGCCACUCAGGUGGUCUUCACAGCAGUCGCUGCCUUCGUCAUGGACAGGGCUGGCCGGAAAGCUCUCCUGAUCUUGUCUGGUGUCACGAUGUGCAUCAGUGAGGCGGUGUUUGGUGUGUACUUCAAGUUGACUGUGAUGAAGCACGAUAACUCCACACUACUGAGUGCAGUAACAGACGCCCCACAAACGCCUCAAACAGAUCUGGCCUGGCUUGCCGUGGGAAGCAUGGGCCUCUUUAUUACAGGAUUCGCUCUCGGUUGGGGUCCUACUCCUUGGCUCAUAAUGUCCGAGAUCUUCCCCACACGAGCAAGGGGAUUGGGCAGCGCUUUAUGUGUGCUUACCAACUGGACCUGUGCUUUCAUCAUCACCAAGACCUUCCAGGACCUCAUGGAUCUGAUAACCAGCGCAGGAACCUUCUGGAUGUUCUCGGCACUGUGUGCACUUAAUGUCAUCUUCACUGCUGUGUUUGUCCCUGAAACCAAAGGCAAAACUUUAGAGGAGAUUCAAGCCCAUUUCAAGGGAACUUAAAGAUGAUAAACUCAUUGUUUCUUUAGUGCCAACACUAAACAUUCUAGCAAAUUAAGUGAAUCCAUUCAAUCCUGUUGAAGUUUACUGAUCCAAUACGUGUACGUUUGAUCAAAUACAGUUCUGGUGUAAAGCUACUAACUUAACAUUGCAUUGACAUAAAUAAGUGUCUGAUCUGGACUUUUAAUAUUCACACACUGUUACAUUCUGUUGAUACUUGAUUUUAGGUUUAAUUUUUGUCUGGUUGUUAUAUGCCAAUUAUAUAUGCCCAGAUAACCAACAAUUUGCUACAUGUUUACUGUGAGAUAAAGUCCAGAGGUAAUAUAAGCUUUUUUUCUCAAUCGCUUUUCUUUCUCAAUGUUAAGUAAACUUUUUUAAUUAGAACGAUGACAUUCAUGGAAUGAUGCACAACUUCAGAUGUUUGGAGUUUAAUCAACAUCUUUACAAGCCGUGGGUACACUUUUAUAAAUGUAUAAAUGAGCUGUGUUAAGUUCUCAGUUUUAUGUGUGCUACAUCCAUAAUGCAAAGUGUACUGUGAAUAUUUGUUUAUUAAAAAAAAGUGAUUUA